UAUUACAAGCCAUAUCUUCCAAGCAGAAGAGGAUGAGCCCGCCCAGAGCCACUUCCAAAGCCAUCAGAGGUGCAAGCUGAACCACCAUGACGUCGCCGUUGCUCAAGGCACACUCUCACGCCGCGGCCGCGCUGCAGCCCCGGAGGAGAGCCGCCGACCUCCAUGGCCGCUGCCCUGCGACCGUCCACCUCGGCAGGUCCCAUGACCACGGGUUCACGUCCAGCCGUUCCAAGGUACCUUAUCCUGAAACGAAAAUUUUCCAUGUUCAGAGGUCGGGGUCGGCGAAGGUGAAGGCGUUCCCGUCGCUGGACGUGGUGCCGCUGAUGGUGACGAUGGUGGAGCACGUGGAGCUGUCGCGGGACUACGUCGUCACCAAGUCCAUCUGGCACCUCAGCGACGCCACCCUCAAGAGCGUCUACACCUUCUACGCCAUGUUCACGGUCUGGGGCGUCUGCUUCUUCGCGUCCAUGAAGGAUCCCUUCUACGACAGCGAUGCGUACAGGAGCCAGGGAGGCGAUGGAACCGUGCACUGGUACUACGACAGGCAAGAGGACCUGGAGGCGUCUGCGAGGGAGGAGCUGCUGAGGGAGGAGCUGCUGGAGGAGAUCGAGCAGAGGGUCGGAGGACUCAGGGAGCUGGAGGAAGCAGGCAGAGAGGAGCAGCUCACCAAGUGAAGAAGACGGGUGGAUGCCUGGAUGGGCAUGGAUUGCAAAUUAGCUAUCUGAACUCUGUAUGGAUUGCAAACUUACUGUGCUGCGCGUGUUUGUAUAUGCUGAAACACCUGGACUGCAGUGUAAUAGCAAGAUAUAUACAGUUAUUAGCUGGUACGUGUUACUGCGCAUUAUUGGCUAGUGUUCGCGUCAA